AUGGUCAGCUCCUGUUGUGGCUCUGUCUGCUCUGAGGAGAGCUGUGGCCAAGGCUGCUGCCAGCCCAGCUGCUGCCAGACCACCUGCUGCAGGCCCACCUGCUGUACCACCUGCUGCAGGCCUACCUGCUGUGUGUCCAGCUGCUGCAGACCCAGCUGCUGUCAGUCUGUGUGCUGCCAGCCCACCUGUUGCCGCCCCAGCUGCUGCCGCCCCAGCUGCUGCAUUUCUAGCUGCUGCAGGCCUUCCUGCUGCCGGCCCAGCUGCUGCGUGUCCAGCUGUUGCAGACCCAGCUGCUGCAGACCCCAGUGCUGCCAGUCUGUGUGCUGCCAGCCUACCUGCUGCCGCCCCAGCUGCUGCAUUUCCAGCUGCUGCAGGCCUUCCUGCUGCCGCCCCAGCUGCUGUGUCUCUAGCUGCUGCAGGCCUUCCUGCUGCCGCCCCAGCUGCUGUGUCUCUAGCUGCUGCAGGCCUUCCUGUUGCCGCCCCAGCUGUUGUGUGUCCAGCUGCUGCAGGCCCCAGUGCUGCAUCUCCAGCUGCUGCCGCCCCAUCUGUUGCCAAACUACCUGCUGCAGGACCACCUGCUGCCGCCCAGCAUGCUCUAGCGGUUCUUGCUGCUGA